AUGCCCUCCAAAAGUCAGGUUGUUUUACCACGAAUCGACAAUGUUUCUCGACUGAAUCUGAGGGAUGCUGUACGCACUUAUCAUCCGUUACUCAGCUGCGAAGCGGAAUUGGUGACACGAAUGGGUGUCUGUAGUUUUGGUGAACAACGGAAAUUGGUUGAUGAACAGCUUGAUUUCCAAUCUGUCGUUGGUAUCUCAUCUGGAACAUUCCUUUCGGAGGAUGAUUUCAGUUCGUCUGGAAAUAUCAAAGAGACUAUUCCGGAGAAAAAGUUAGAUCUUGUAACUGCCGAUACCAUUAGCUGUGAUGACAGCUUAGAAGAGCUAGAUGCGGCAGUAUAUUCAGUCUGUAUCCAGUUGAUGCGUGAUGUAGUUGAUGUGAAAUGGGAAAUUCGACAUGGAGCUGCUUUGGCAAUCGCUUGUAUCUUAACAGUUGCCCCAUCACGGCUUUCUCCGUCAUUGGUGGACGUUCUAGCAACUAGGCUUCUCCAGGCUAUUGCGCUCGACAAAUUCAUUGAUUUUUCUUCCGGAAGGACAGCAGUAGGUCCGGUUCGAGAAGCAGUUGCAGAAUGUAUUGCACGUCUGACAAUGGUUUUUCCAUCUCCAGAAUUUGUAGAUAUCAUUUUUGAUCAUAUAUAUACGUUACAUAAAAUGGCCGAUGGUAUUCAAGCUGAUUGUCACAGCGCUAAUGAUUUGGAAUCUUAUAAACGCGUAAAUUUUGCAUAUAAUGUGAUUAGGAAAAUUCUAUAA